ACAUGUAAGCUUCUUUUUUUUCUUUCUCUAAUUCAUUUACAGUCAUCAAGAUCUAUUUAGUUUCUACUACUGGGUUUUCAAAAACAAGCAAAACCCCAUUAUUUAGUGAUCAAAUUCUGUUUGUUUGGUUGACUUAUUUUGAGAUCUGAUUAGUUUUUGAAAUUGGGUUUUGAAAAAUGAGGAAACCCACAAAAGAAUCAGAGUUAAACACUGAGCCAAUCGGUCAAAAUCUGAUCAAAUUGAUUAGUAAUCUCUGUUUCUCUGUUUUUGUGUUGUCGGUUCUUAUAUUUACAGCCAUUGCUAUCACUUAUCAACCACCAGAUCCAUGGCUGGAAUCAGCUCCUUCUUUAACCAAGCUCUUCACUCAAACUGAAAAUGCCACUUUUAAAAUCGAUGAUUCCAUUGUUAAAACCGGUGAAGAUUUGGUUUCUUCGCCGGUUCCGGCUAUUCCCCCUGCUUUAGCACCUAAUCCCAUUACUGAAACCGAUGAUUCCAUUGUUAAAACCGGUGAGGAUUUGGUUUCUUCGAAAUCCGAUUGUGAGGAGUUAAAACACGUGAAUUGUUCAGAUCCACAGGUUUUACGCGCAAUCAAGAAAUUCAAUUCAAAAACUUUCAAGUCCAUUGUGAUUUUGGAGUAUCAAACACCGGUCAACGGCUCGAAACCGGAUGAAUGUGAUGUUGCUUGGAGGUUUCGGAAUAAAAAGGAAAGAUCUUGGAGAAAGUACAGAGAUUUUAGAAGGUUCGAGUUCGGGAUCGGAGUGAAUUGUACUUACAGAGUGAUCCAUACAGGCCGUUGGCAUUCGGGAAUCAACGCUCGACGACCUUGGAUUCGGCCUAACCCAAAGUUCACUCGACCGAUACGUGAUGAAGAGAUAAACAAUACAAUCCCGACUUUACCGGAAACGAACUUUAGGAAAGGGAAGUAUUUGUAUUAUGCAAGAGGAGGAGAUUAUUGUAAGGGAAUGAACCAUUACUUAUGGAGUUUCUUAUGUGGUUUAGGGGAAGCUGUGUAUUUGAAUAGAACAUUUGUGAUGGAUUUAAACAUGUGUUUAUCUGCAACUCAUAGUUCGAGUCACAAAGACGAAGAAGGCAAAGAUUUCCGGUUUUAUUUCGACUUCGAGCAUCUUAAAGAAACGGCGUCCGUUGUGGAAGAAACUGAGUUUUUACGAGAUUGGAAGAAAUGGGAUAAAGGUCAUAAAAGAAAAGUACCAUUGAAGAAGAUAAAGAGCUAUAAAACUACACCAAUGCAACUCAAAAAGGAUAAAAGCACAAUCAUAUGGAGACAAUUUGAUGGACCAGAGCCUGAUAAUUAUUGGUAUAGAGUAUGUGAAGGGCAAGCUGCUAAGUACAUUCACAGACCGUGGCAUACAAUAUGGAAAUCGAAACGAUUGAUGAACAUCGUAACCGAGAUAAGCGGACGUAUGGAUUGGGAUUUCGACGCUAUUCACGUCAUCCGUGGUGAAAAAGCACAAAACAAACAACUUUGGCCGAAUCUGGAUUCCGAUACCUCCCCUAACGCAAUCUUAACCAAGCUUCAACAACUGGUUCAACAGUGGAGGAACCUUUAUGUUGCAACAAACGAGCCGUUCUACAAUUACUUCGAUAACUUGAGGUCACAUUACAAGGUUCAUUUGCUUGAUGAUUAUAAGGAAUUGUGGAACGAGGCGAGCGAGUGGCACAACGAGACGACGUUGCUUAACGGCGGGAAACCGGUCGAGUUCGAUGGUUACAUGAGAGCUGUUGUGGAUACCGAGGUACUUUAUCGAGCGAAAACUAGGGUUGAAACCUUUUAUAAUCUGACUAAAGAUUGCAAAGAUGGAAUUAAUACAUGUUGAACAGGUUGUUUAAUUGAUUCAUAUUGCUUUGAUUAUGUUAGAAAAUGUAAUUGGUUGAUGUAUUCUUGUAUUGUUCUUUUAUUACAAUUUAUGUCAUUAUCAGUUCAUCAUAUGUUUGUUGUUUUUUUUUUUGUCACAAGUGUGUAUUCAUAUAUAGACUUUGAAAAUGUUUACGGUAUAA